AUGGCAGUCUCUUUCACUCGUUUUUCAUGGUGUUGGUGGGGUGGGAAAGAGAAUGAGCCUGCUAAUAAUGGGUCUUCUCUAAAUUCUUCUUUUGAGUGCGGUUUUGGUGGUCUGAGGGAACCUGGAACUGUCCAAUUCCCUCCAGUUAAGGGCACGAAAAUGUCCUCGUCUCCGAGAAAGGUUAAGAGGAAGUGGCAGAGUAGAGAAGAGAGGAGGAUUGAUAGGGAGUAUGAUGUUGUUAUUGUGCCAUCGGAUGGUGGAGGCUGUUUGUCAGGGUCUGAAUCCGAUGACUCGGACUGGUCCAUAGGGUGGUUGGAGCCUCAUGGCCCUGAUUUCCAGAGUGAUGAUGAAUCGGAUAAUAGUUUUGCAGUGCUGGUCCCUUGCUACAGCCCUGGUUGCAAGGAGGUGGUGGAGGGUUCUAAUAAUGAGCUUUUGAGUGCCAUCAAGAACCUCCCAGAUGAGUUCUCUUCUGAUUGCAAGAACUAUAUGGAACAGUGGCUUUCUUCUCUUCAGAACUUUGACGCCUAA